GUUUGUCUGUAUUUUGCCUGGCCAUUUCCCUCCUGGCUCUGAUGGUGUUGAGAUUCUGUGGACCCUUACCGUUAUAACUGCAUCCUUGGGAAUUUGUGCAUUUCUAAUUUACCUCUGGAGAACCAUCCUUGCUGUAGAGCCUCAAGAAUAUCAAGUUAAUUUACAGCAAAUAACUGAGAAGAUAAAUUGGUUUGAGAAAGAAAGCAGAGAACUUGCUGAAGAAAUAUCCAUUUGGGAGCAGAAGAUCAGGGAAGCAAAGAAACAUCUAUCAGAAACUGAGACAGAAAAUAUGUUUCUCUCUGAUGAAACUCCUAAAUUGAAGUUGCAAGAUGAAUUUGAAGAUCCAGAGCUGAGAGUCUUGAGGUCCAAGAAAUAUGACCUGGAAGACAGUAAAAAGGUCCUGGAAGACAAGUGCAAUGCAUUGAGUUCCAUGAAAACAACGAAGGAAGCAGAAUUGAAACAGCUGAAGAAGAGAGUGGAUACCUUGACUGAAUUCUAUGAACAGACAAAAGUGGCUGCAGAAGAGAAACUGAAAAAGACACACUAUGAACUGGUGGCAAAGAAGAAUCAGCUGUCAGCUACAGAGAAAAAUUUGAAAGUAGCCACAGAAGAAAUAGACAAAUACAAGCAACAAGUCCAAGAAAUGCAAGAACAGCUGCAGGAGUCAGAACUGACCUUCAGACACCAGAUCGCAGUUCAUGAGAAGAAUGCUCAAGACAACUGGGUCAAGGCUCGGUUUUGGGAGAGGGAGAUAGCGCAGCAAAGCAGGGAGAAAGCCUACUUGAAACACAGACUGGGCUUACUGGAAGAAAGAUGCUGCCUGAGAGACACAGGAGGCAGGAGCUGAUUCCGGGAAGACCUGAGACGCAGAACCCUCCAGGGAGAGGACUGUUUCAGAUUUGAAGACCUCCCUGAGCAGUAACAACCAGGCUAUGAAGAGUGUAUAUUUAGAACAUGUGUCAGAUCUGCCUAAUGGUCAGAGUGUUUCCCCUUUCAAUCCUGUCCCCUGUGCUUUGUCACUCCUGGUAUCCCCCUAAUAAACGUUUCAUGUUUCUUUCUUCA